AUGGCUGCCGUUUCGCGAUCAGUCGAACCUACUCCCAUGACAAUCCCCAUCGUGGAUUUCAAAGCAUGGUUCAACACUGAAGAUGAAGCCGCCCGCCGACGGGUUGCACAAGAGCUUGUGGAAGCAUGUCAGCGAGUCGGCUUCGUCUACAUCAUCAAUCACUCUCUACCUGAGCAUGUCCUCGACUCGACCUUUGACUGGAUGAGACGCUUGUUCGAGCUCCCGAAGGACAUUAAGAUGCAAGCACCUCAUCCUGAGGGGUGGGCAGUGCAUCGAGGAUAUUCCUGGCCGGGAUUGGAGAAAGUUUCCCAAACCAUCAGCACUGGGGACGAUGAAGAGACACGGCAGAGGCUGAGAGAAGUGCCAGAUGUCAAGGAAAUUUACGAUAUUGGAAGUGAAGAGAACACUGCUCAACCAAACCAGUGGAUCCCCGAAGAGGCAUUGGCGGGCUUCCGCAGCUUCAUGAAUCGGUUCUACUGGGAUUGUAACGGGUUAGGCAUCGAGAUUCUCCGCGCUCUUGCCCUUGGCUUGAACCUGGACAAUGAGAAUCAUUUGGCCCAAAGGCACUCAGGCCAGAACAAUCAGUUGCGACUCCUACACUAUCUACCGGUUUCAGCAGAUGAUCUUGAAAAAGAUCGGGUAGCUCGAUGCCCUGCACACACCGACUGGAGCUCAAUCACAAUGCUUUUCCAGGAUGAUUGCGGUGGCUUAGAGGUGGAAGACAUCUCUCAGCCCGGCAACUUCGUCCCCGCUGCUCCUGUCAAGAAUGCAAUCGUCAUGAAUGUUGGAGAUCUCUUGCAGCGAUGGAGUAAUGAUCGUCUUCGGUCUACCAAUCACCGGGUCAGACUCCCGCAGAUAUCCGAUCGCUUUGAGGGCAGUAAUCGUAUGACGCGCGAACGCUUUUCCAUUCCGUACUUCAUGGCUCCAGACCCUGAUUCGGUCAUCGAGUGCAUUCCAUCAUGCAUGAGUGAGGAUGAACCGGCCAAGUACGAGCCGAUCACUCAAGCAGGCUACAAUCAGAUGCGAGCAUCGAUGAUGUAUUAG